AUGGAAUUCAAUCGAAAUUCAAGUACAAAAAGCGAAGACAAACUUCGUUUUAUAUCAUUCAAUAAAACGUUGCAUGACAUUCUCGAUGAUUAUAAAAAAGGUGAUAAAGCAUACACUCUUGGACUCAAUAAUCAUGCUGAUUGGACAGAAGAUGAGUUAAGAAUAUUACGUCGUCCCGUUCGAUUGCCUAAAGGCAACAUCAGUAAUACAAAUGUGAAACCGGGUGAACGUUUAUUAACAUGGCACGGAAGGUCAGCAAAAGGCAAAACGAUGGCACCGGCCUCGUACGACUUAACGAAAAUGGUUGUUCCGGGAACGACAGUGCCACUUCAAGGUAUGUGUUCAUCAUGUUACUCAUUUGCUUUUAUCACUUUGCUUGAAUUUCAAUACGCUGUUCAAUUGAAGAGAAGUGUCAGUUUGAGCGAGCAACAGAUUGUUGACUGUUCAUCCGAGAAUAGUGGCUGUGAUGGAGGUUGGUUUACUUACUCAUUCAGGUAUUUAAACGAUCAUAAUUGGCAAGUAAACGGUUCCCCAUACUAUCCCUACAAGGGCACAGUUGGCCAAUGUGCCUUUAAAAGUGUACGAGGCGGUGGAGUAAAAUUUCAACCAUUUCGUUACGUUCACAUUAAAGUAACUGAUACUGCCACCAUGCAACAAGCCCUGGUCGACUACGGACCUUUGUACGCGUCGGUUUUCAUUGGUGAUGACACACCAUCAACAUACAGUAUGAUUUCUUCUAUGUUUAACAAUUACAAAAGUGGUGUUUUUCAACCAAGUGGAUGUCCAACAUCGCUUCACUCAACAAAUCAUGCAGUUGUCCUUGUUGGCUACGGAGUUGAUGCGAUAACGGGUGUACCCUAUUGGAAAGUGAGAAAUAGUUAUGGAACUCGUUGGGGAGAAGGUGGCUAUUUUAAGAUACGACGUGGUGUGAACAUGUGCGGUAUUGAAUCCGGCGUAUUCUACAUUGCAAGAGCAGGAUAA